AUGCAGUCCGAAUCGGGGAUAGUACCGGACUUUGAAGUUGGCGAAGAAUUUCACGAAGAACCGAAAACGUAUUACGAGUUAAAGAGUCAGCCCUUGAAAAACAGCAGGAAUCCAUCAGAGCAGCACGGUUCCUCCAAACCCCCGCUGGGUCCGUCUGCCCUGACCUCCCGUAUUCUCCUCCGCCAACAACUGAUGAGAGAGCAGCUACAGGAGCAAGAACGUCGAGAGCAGCAACGCCACCAAACCUCUGCCUACCCCCAACACAGCACCACCCAGACCCCUGCCAUCAACGUCAGUGCCCCGCAAACCCUGUGCGCACCUGCCCAGGUGCCCAUGGAAGUUUUGAAAGUUCAAACUCACCUGGAAAACCCCACCAAGUAUCACAUCCAGCAGGCUCAGAGACAGCAGGUGAAGGCAUAUUUGUCCACGACCCUGGGGGCCAAGCUCGGGACACAGGCCGUCAGCUUACCGUGCCCCAACCAGUCCUCUGAUCACGGGGGCAUGCCUCCGGGGCCGGGCAACAGUGCCCCUAACAGCCCUAUGGCCUUACUGACUCUGAACUCCAACUGUGAGAAAGAGGUACAGACAACCUUUUCAGUCUGUUGUUUCUGCAUUCGCCCUGGUCACUCAUUGAGUUUGGCAUUACAGAUGGAUGAUGUCAUUGAUGACAUAAUCAGUCUGGAAUCCAGUUAUAGUGAUGAUAUUUUGGGGCUGUCGUUGGAUCCGGGACUUCAGAUGGCCAAUACGAUCCCAGUAUCUGCUGGCCUCCUGGACAUGUAUGGGAACCCAGGCAUGGCUCCUCCAGCCAUCUCUAUCAGCAACUCCUGCCCUGCCAGCCUGCCCAACAUUAAAAGGGAAUACUCUGAGGCUGAAGUCAGAGCUCUAGCCAAAGAGAGACAGAAAAAGGACAACCACAACCUGAUUGAGAGAAGACGGAGAUUCAACAUCAAUGAUCGAAUCAAAGAGCUGGGGACAUUGAUUCCAAAGUCGAAUGAUCCAGACAUGCGUUGGAAUAAGGGUACCAUUCUGAAGGCCUCUGUGGACUAUAUCAGGAAGCUACAGAGGGAACAACAACGUGCUAAAGAACUGGAGAACAGACAAAAGAAACUGGAGCAUGCCAACAGGCACUUGAUGCUAAGGAUACAGGAGUUGGAGAUGCAGGCUCGCGCCCAUGGACUUGCCGUGGUGUCGUCUCCUCUCUGUUCCUCUGAGUUGGCCGGGCGAGUCAUCAAACAGGAGCCUGUUUUAGGAGACUGUACCCAGGACAUGUACCCCCACCAGCAUCUGUCCUCCUCUGCCCCUGACCUGACCCGCUCCAGCACUCUGGACCUGAACGACGGCACCAUCACCUAUAGCGAUGGCCAUGUAUCUGCCGGUGACCCAGGGGCUUACGGUGCCUCCGUCACAAAGGCAAGCACCUCGAAGCUGGACGACAUCCUGAUGGAUGACACGCUGUUGCCGGUAGCAACCAGUGACCCACUCCUUCCCUCAGUCUCAUCGGGAGCGUCGAAGGACAGCAGCCGUAAAAGCAGUGUUAGCAUGGAGGAGAAUGAACAGGGUUGUUAG